ACAGCGCCGUAUCAUAAAAUGUCGGAGCCAGACGCAAGAGAAGUGGGUAUCAUUCCAGAGGCAAGUAGCAACCGAUUAAGCUCAAUAGCGGACACCGAAGAGGAAUGCGCGAGUAUUAUAUCCCAUGUGUUUUAGCUACACUAAGAACUGGCGCUGCGGAUUAAACAGACGAAUGCGCGGGACUGGCCGUGGGAGUAAGGAACGUCCAACAUCGAUUGAACAGCGAUUUGAGAGAAGCACGAGAGAAGACGGGAAACAGGCGACUAGUGAGGCGAAAAGGAGGGAAGGACAACGGUGGAAUAUGAAGGUUGACAAGCUUUGCCAGCACCAGAGAGCCACACCACGUAGUAACGUCGUAUCAGGAGCACAUCCGGAGGUGACAAUUAUCGAAACGCGACCCGAUGGUGGGACCAAUCCCAGCAAAGUAAUCCAGCGACCGAACCUCACUUGUGUCGGCGUAAGGAGCACAGAACCAAUGGAGGUAAAUUACGGAAUGAAGCGAAGACAAAGAGGGUUUAAGGGCAAGAGAAAGUCAAGUGGAGGAGAAAGGGAGAAUGAAUGGGGGAGGGAGAAAUUGGGGAAUCAAGCAGAACAACGACACAUCAUGAAGUUGGGUGGAUAGAACGAUUGAUAGAGUGACUGAGAUCAUGGAAAGUAAAGAAAGAGGAAUGGCAGGCGCAGCUGUACUGUCAGGUAAGGUACCUACUUACCGACUACAGCAUGAUUCGGUGAUAGACCCUGCACCUAUCCUGCAAAGGACCAAUCACUACGACUAGCUGCCCCACUGUGGACCCACCAGUUGGUCCAGAUCGAGUGAUGUGGUAAGUUUGGGAAACGAAAGCUGUUUGUUUGCAGAAGAAAAG